CUUUAUAUAUACAUAAACAUAUCGAUCCUUUAAUCAACAUCUCAUAAUUUGAUCAUAUGAUCAAAUAAUAUAUAUAAUUAAUACGCUAUAAUUACAAUUGUUCAGAUUUAUCAAAUAGAGAGGAGAUAAUCAUAUAUUACAAGUUAUGGAAAACAAUAACAAUAUUCCAGAAAUGAAGGUUGGGUUGAGUAGAGAGAAAACGAUCCCCGUUAUAGGGUUCGGAACAUCUACGUUUCCGUUGAUUAGCUCCGAGACGACAAAGGAAGCCAUUCUUGGCGCAAUCAAGCAUGGCUACAGACACUUCGACACGGCCGCCAUUUACCAGACCGAACUGCCUCUCGGCGAUGCCAUUUCCGAAGCUAUUUCCCUUGGCUUCAUCCAAUCUCGAACUCAGCUUUUCGUCACUUCUAAACUUUGGUGCACUCAAGCUCAUCAUCACCUUGUCUUGCCAGCCAUACAACAAACUCUUCGGAAUUUGAGGUUGGACUACCUUGAUUUGUAUCUAAUUCAUUGGCCAAUUGCAAUAAAACCUGGAGAAUUUUUGAAUUUCAAGAAGGAAGAUUUUCUUGUUAUGGACUUUAAGUCUGUAUGGGAAAGCAUGGAGGAGUGUCAAAACUUAGGCCUCACAAAAUCCAUUGGAGUCAGCAAUUUCUCCUGCAAAAAGCUCGAAACCCUACUUGCCACCGCCAAAAUCCCUCCUGCAGUCAACCAAGUGGAGAUGAACCCAGUUUGGCAGCAGAAAAAAUUAAGAAAAUUUUGCGAAGAAAAUGGAAUUUUAAUUACAGCAUAUUCUCCUUUAGGAGGUGACAAAGAGGGAAUGUGGGCAACAAAUAGAGUGAUGGACUGUGUGGUGCUCAAAGAGAUUGCUAAUGCCAAAGGAAAAACUAUUGCUCAGAUUUGUCUAAGGUGGUUGUAUGAGCAAGGAGUGUGUUUUGUUGUGAAGAGCUUCGACAAGGAAAGAAUGAAACAAAAUAUUGAUAUAUUCGAGUGGAAUCUGAGCACAGAAGAGUUGGAAAAGAUAGAGCAAAUUCCACAACAAAAAGGGAAUCCUGCUAUUAGUUUCAUCUCAAAUGAAGGCCCUUACAAGUCUGUUGAAGAGUUUUGGGAUGGAGAAAUUUAAGGGUGAACUUUUAAAAAAAAUGAAAAAUAAAUAAAAUCAUAUAAUAAUAAUAAUAAAGGCUUAUUAUCAUAUUUAGUAUAUGGAUCAAAUAAAUUUAAGAAAAACUUAAUAUUAUUCAUGCAUACAUGGAAGCAUGAUUUCCUACCAAUUUUUAAAUACAUGUGUACCAAUGUAUUCUAAGUGUUCGGAAUUGGGAUUUCAGCACCCUAUUGUACAAAGGUUGAGACUACUUCAAGUAUAAUAUACAUAAAUUUGGAGGCUAAAAAUUACACCUAGAGUUUUUUUUUUAAAUUAUAAUUUUUUCUAAAAUAAAUCAUCCAAUAAUAAUAACUACAAUCUGUGUAAACUGUAAAAUAUAUAACUCCUAUAUAUUAGUUUUAAAAAUAUAUUACGACCAUUUACCAUA